AUUCACUGUUGAGGCGCAGAAUGGAGAUCUACAUUUGACAAAAUAUCCAAGUCGGACAGGGAGGUGGAAGAUGAUAAAUUUAAAGUUAACAGAGCGGGACGGGCUGAGUGGAGAGAGAGAGAGAGCGAGAGAGAGAGCGAGUGAGCGCGUGGCGGUACAGUGAGGGGCUCACGCACAUUGACAGAAGCGCGCGCGGAUCGGAUGUUGACACAUCACGCGCAUCUGCAUAAUCUAGAUUUCACAGCGGUCGCACGCGCAACACAGCUCAACUCUUUAAACCUCCGCGAUUGUUCUCAAAAUCGCAACAACAACAAAAAAACUUAUAACGGUCUUUUCGCGCUUUUUUCUUUCAGUCAUCUGCAAACUCUCCUGACUGACAUCAUCUGAACUCGAGCGUGGAUAAAACAACAGUUGAUGAUUAGGAGAUGUUUGACUAAACUCUUUCUGUCAGAGAAUGACUGGUCUGUAAGGCUUAAGUAUAAAGCAUUGUGUCCAGUGCCCUUCAGGCCUCUUCAUCACAUUACACUGAGUUUUGGUAGACACAACACUGCUCAAAUGGACCUCCAUCGGACUGCCUUUAAGAUAGAGAGCUCCUCCUACAUGCCCAAUCCUCUGACCUCCCCUGCCCUCAUGGUCCUGGCAUCAACAGCCGAGGCUGGACGAGAUGCCUCUGUACCCUGCCAGCCCCAUCGGCCGUUUGGAGUUCCAGUCACUUUGGAAAAGGACAUGCACCUCCCGUUCCCCAGCGGCUCAUACACCUUCGCCUCCAUGUACCACCGGCAAGGAGGCUUUCCCACUCGAGACUUUCCCACCCCUCUGCUUCACCUUCACCCACAGUUUGCCCCACCCAAUCUUGACUGCUCCCCACUGGGCAUGCUCAACCAUGGAGCGGUGGGGGCCUUCCGACCGUUCUCCUCCCCACCUGAGGAGCGUGAUGCAGGGGUAUACCAGUCUGCCUUCCUCCCUGCCAAGCGCUUGAAGGGCUGUAUGGAUCCAGAGGCAUCCCCCCACCUCCGCUACACAGAUGUGGAGGGAAAAGAUUUUGACUUUUGUGCUCAUGUCCCUACUGGUUCUCCAAAUGCCCUGAAGGUAUCUGAGGAUGCUGGGAAGAAGCUCUUUGGCUUGUCUGGGCUGUUGGCGGAGGGUUCGUCUGGCCCAGAGGAGCACAAAGAACCAAGUAAAGUGAAGGGCCUGUAUGACACUCAGACGCCCAUGUGUCCGAUCUGUCACGCUGUGCUGCGGCCUGGAGAGCUGCAGGAACACAUGGAGCAGGAAAUGGAGCGUCUGAUGCAGCUCCACAAUAGUCAGGGUCCAGCGCAAAAGGAGUGUCUUGCUGCUGGGCCGCCCAAGUCUUUGUUUUCUAUGCACAUAAAGAGAGAGGGAUCCUCUUCUGCCUCCUCUCCACGUCCUGCUGAUGAGGCUGUGCACUCCGACAGGUACCAGACAUUUUUGCGAGUACGAGCAAACAGGCAAACAAGACUCAAUGUUAAGGAGCUCUGCUGGUGCAGGUGCUACGCCAAACAGAAAGUCAAAUCUGUUCAUGUUUGGACUGACUAUGGAUUCCCACAUGUAUCCUCUUGCCCACUGUCUGCACGCAUUGGGAAACUGAAAAGACGGAAAGCAGAGGAAGACCAGAGAGAUGGUGUUUGUGUUGUUGAAAAUGGCUCCAUGCUGUCAGCCGGGAGGGAGUUUGAAUGGGCCGAACAGAGAAGAAUACAGAUGGUUUCUGUUCUCAGAGGCUUCAGAGGUUUAGUGAGCAGCACAUUGAAAGAGCACCAGGAUAGCGAUGUGGAUCUGGACGUGGACGGUGAUGAUACUUUGGAGUAUGGAAAAGCCCAGUAUCCUUAUUUAUGCUCAAAUGAUCGCAGAUACACAGAGGCGGAUGUGAUUCCCUGUUCAGGAAAUGAACCCAGAGAUGCAGAGGAGAGACAGGCGUUAAGAGGAGCUGUUUUAAAUGGAGAGACAGCCAGCAGGUUAUCUCCAGAACAAACCAAGUCUGUAAACUCAGAAGAUCCAACUACAAGUAAUGGAGACAACAAUACAAGCACAACAUCUCCAAGAACCUGCAAGAACAGCGAGUUAGAGGUCUUAUCGGAUGACCCCUCCCUCAGUACGCUGGAGGCCCUGAAAACACGGAUCAGAGAUCUAGAGAAGCAGUUCACACGGGGGGACAGAUUCAAGUGUCUCAUCUGCAUGGACUCCUACACUGUACCUCUGACCUCCAUCCAGUGCUGGCAUGUCCACUGUGAGGAAUGCUGGCUUCGCACCCUGGGAGCAAAGAAACUUUGUCCACAGUGCAACACUAUCACCUCUCCCGGGGACCUGAGACGAGUGUAUUUAUGAAGAGUUAUAGCUGUCCUGUCAUCUGCCUGUUUGCACUCUACUCAAACGAAUCACUUUUACUGAGAAGAACCUUUCUGGGCCCAUGCAAAACUUAAGAGUACAUCUUGCCCAAAAGAGUCAUU